UGGGCGGGGCUAAGACUCAAGUACCGGUACUCGUUGCCUUUGUGUUCAACAGCUGCAUUUUCAGAGUAGAAUGGCGACCGCUCUGUGCGGUCUGCAGUCCAACGGCAGUAACGGCAAACAGACGAGAGUUCGUCGGGAACACCGGAGGAAAGCGAAGGACUCCCGCAGGAGACAGGCUGCUAUUUUGUUCCUCAGCAAUAUUUCUCUCGAUGGAAGACCUCCGUGUCAGCCUGCCGCUGGAAAUGCCGACCAAAAAGCCGGCGAGGAGACCGGACUCCGGGUCGGAGACGGCGGCGCGGCUCGCGAGCUCCUCCGGGCUGAUAACGAAGGUCCUGUCAACCAGGUGACAGACCCUCCGGCGGAACCCGGCAGCGGUUCGUCCUCCAGCUACCCCGGGGUGCUCGGUCCUGUCCGGCCCUCCUUGGUAACGUCUCCCGGACCGACUGCCGCCAAUUCCGUGGGACCCAACGAGGUAUUUUUAGAGAGCUGCGGCGCGGCGGAGACGCAGUUUCCGGGUGCCCCGCUAUCUCCGGUCACAACCGGACACCAGCCCUGCUCCCGGGCCAAAUCAACGCCCGCCGUACUCAGCCCGACUCCGGCCGGAAACUCUCUGGAUUCCCGGCAGAGGCAGAGGAACAUUUCUGGUUCCCCUGGACCCAAGGUGCCAAAGAAAGUCCACUUCAUCAAGAGCAUGAGGCAAUAUGAUACCAGAGGAAGCAGGGUCAUGCUGAUUUGUGCCAAGCGGUCGCUUUAUGCUGCUUUCUCAGUGCUGCCCUAUGGAGAGAGUGCUCACCUCAGUGAUCUGAAACUGGACACUCAGAGGCAAAGAUUAUCUUCUGUGGUUGCCGCUGAUCUGCUGCCGUCCCUGGAAGGCGUGGAGCUGGGUGCAAUCGGAAAGACGGUGUCCUACGCUCAGUUUCUGUACCCGACCAACGCGUUGGUGAGACAGAAGAGCUGCAGCGUGCUGGAGAGCUGCUCGGCUCCGACCCCUCAGGGCCGAUUGCGUGCCAACGGCCAAAAAGGCAUCACCCCUGCUCGUCCAAACAGCGGCACAGCACAAGACACGCAUAUAGAGGAGGUGGCGGAUUAUGACCCGAACCUGCUCAGUGACCCCCGGUGGCCGUGCGGGAGACAUAAGAGGGUUCUCAUAUUUGCAUCAUACGUGACGACCGUUAUCGAAUAUGUGAAACCGUCCGAUCUGAAGAAGGACAUGAAUGAGACCUUCAAGGAGAAGUUUCCUCACAUCAAGCUGACACUGAGCAAAAUAAGAAGCCUGAAGAGGGAGAUGAGGGCCGUGAGCGAGGAGUGCGGCCUGCAGCCGGUCACCAUAGCGAUGGCCUUUGUUUACUUUGAGAAGCUGGUGCUGCAAGGUCGCCUCAACAAGCAGAACAGGAAGCUUGUGGCGGCUGCGUGCGUGCUGCUGGCAGCGAAGAUCAGCAGCGAUCUGCGGAAACCAGACGUCAAGCAGCUCAUUGAUAAGCUGGAGGAGCGUUUCCGGAUCAACAGACGGGAGCUGAUUCCUCUGGAGUUCUCCGUUCUGGUGGCUUUAGAGAUGGGCCUCUACCUCCCAGAGAGCAAAGUCAUGCCGCACUACCGCAGGCUGGUGCAGCAGGGUUAGACUGGACGCAGUAGUGGAUCGAUCACCUUUUAUAAGCUCUGGUGUUUUGAAAUAAACAAUUCUGGUACUAUUUAUUUUCACUGUAAACGUGAGAAAAGCGAAACAUGAUUUACAUUCUUUGUCAAACACUGUAGGUUGUGAGCGUCUCGAAUGUCUUUUUGUACGUGAUGAUCCAGUCAUGAGCUCUAUGUUAGAGAUGUUCUAUCAGCACAUUAAUUGUGCCUUUAUUUCAGUUUCUUGUGACGUAUCUUUUAAAAGCACCAUGAUGUUCUUAACUUGUAUUUAAUGGAAGUGUUGGCUGUGAUGUGUGUUUUUUGUUUUUUAGUGGGAAAAACUAGAGAUGUGGCUUAGCACAUUGUUCUUCUUCUACAGAAUGUCUUUUAUUUAUUUUAACCAGUGAAAAGAAAAGUGGCUUUUGUAAAUGGGGUUCUGACACUGUGACACUGAAGCAUUUUUAGCUGUGAGAACAGGACUCUGUAGUCUGAGAAGUGGCCUUUAAUUUAAUUUGUCCAUCUUGUUUUAUUGUGUCUCGCAGUCUGAGCCACAUAUAUACACAGAAAACAAGACAUUAUCCAGACUCUAGUGGCAGCUUUGACUCCGGUGUUGGUUGUGCUCACAUGCUAUAUUAUCACUUUGGUGUCACAUAAAAAAAAAAAAAAAAAGAAACAGCAUUUUUCAGAUGUAUGUGUAGUGUUUACUUUCUGUUUGACGUAAGCGUGCGGGGAUUUGUUUUGUGCGUCCCUCUCCUGUGUGGUCUGCUGGUUGGCACAGCUUUCAGUUCUCAGGAAUUUUACUUUUAAGUAGCUCAUAGAAUCCAACCCAAAGAAGUAUUUCUAUUUGAAGUUGAUGGAAAAAUACCUGAUUGUAGUUUGUUUUUAUGUGCCCGCCGAUGGAUUUUAAUGUUGUACCCAGCAACGCUGUCGUCUGAGAUUUUUAGCAUUUAUGGUAAAAAUGUGCCUGAAACCAGAGUGUCAGUGAAACUAUUCAGACAUGUUUUUUCUUUUCAGUCUCGACAUUUCUUACUUUUUCCUGCCGCCUCAAACGUUGCGUCUCGAGAUAAUCAUGACCUAAUUUAUAAUGGCAGACUGUGUGAUGCCAAUUCAGUCUGAUGUGGAGACAAAGUGUUCAAAAUAAACAUCCAAAACUGCA